UCGAAGUUUUCACACAGUCUCAUCUGAGGCUGCUCCAACAAGGAUGCACAUGUGAAAGCUGCAAACUGGAUUAAACUUGAGGCUGAGCAGUGGAAGGACAUGGAAGCUGUGUUUACACUGUUGCUGAUGCUGCUCGGAGUCUCUCACGGUGUGGAGACCCACUGUGAUGGCAGACGAAAUGGAACUCAUUGUUAUGGAGCUGUGGGAGAAACUGUGUUCAUUCAGCUGAUGGACAUAAUCCCACCAAGAUUUACUUUGCAGAAAAACAAAACAAGAAUUUUGCGCUGGAAAAAUAAAACACUUUCUAUUUAUGUGAUGAAAAACAGAUUAUCCUUUGAUGACAGUAAAGGAACAUUAAGAAUCAAUAAUCUGCAGAAAAGUGACAGUGACAAAUAUUCACUUGAUAUUCAAGAUUCAAAUGGAGCUGCGGUAGAGAAUCGGACUCUAAACUUGUCCAUUCAAGCUCCCUUGUCCUCUGUCACGUUGGUGAAUGAGUGUUUGUCCCAGGGAGAGAUGAGGAUGUCCUGCACCACUGAGGGAGGGGGGGACAGUCCUCAGUACAGUUGGACUCUGGAUGGACACACACUGACACAGGAUGAGCUCCUCUCUGGAAAUAAGGACACUGACAUCAUCGUUCUGAGACAGAACGUGUCAGGACUCCUGGUCUGCUCAGUCAGUAAUCACGUCACUAACAUCUCCAAAGACAUGAGGAUAGCGACCUGUGUUUUCAUCAACUGCACCUUAUCCAAUGGGACGCACGUAUCACAGUGGGUGUUUGCAGCCACUAACACACUGUGUGUUGAGCCCACCACGGUCACAGACACUACUGCUGGUAAGAGGACAGAGUUAGUCACACUCUCCAAUAAUAUCACAUCCUCCAGUCAAACUGUGACUCCCUCCAGAGGUGAUGACUCGUGGUUCAUUAAGCAUUUGCCAGUGAUGGCUGGUGUACUUUCAGCACUGGUACUUCUCUUAGUGCUUGGUGUAUCUGUCAUUUGUGUUAAGAAGAAAAAGAAAACAAGUGCCAAAGAGGAAGAGGAUGAUCAGGAAUUAACCUAUACAGAUGUCAGGGUUGUGCAGAGGAGGCAGGUACAGCAGAGUGACGAGGGGGAGGUGGAGUAUGAUCAGGAUUUCAGAGUGACCUCAGCGGGCUGUUGAACGAAC